CAAACACCAACAAUCUUUCAUGCUCUCUCUCUCUCUCUACUUUUCCAACAGAAGACAGCACACAACAACAAAAACAAAAAAAACUUCAACUUUUGAUUAUUGUCAGAACUUUUUUCCUUUAAUUUCUUUCGAACUCAAGUCUCCAAAACUCCAUACUUUUUCUUCUUUCAAUAAAUCUUAGAGAAGAGAUCUCACCGUUUAACUUCAACAGUACCUUUUGCGUGACGUUGUGGUACGAGUACGACCAAUCUCUCUGCAACACACACAUGCUUCAUUUCAAACUCAUUCAUUGAUCACCAACAACCUCAGAGAGAAAGAAAAAUUCAAAGUUCGAAACUUUCUUUCUCUCUCUCUCUCUUUUCUUCUCUCUGUUUUUCAUCGGUUUGCUUUCUCUGAAUCUUCGGCGAGGAAUCUCUCCUCUGAUUAUAAUUAAGAACACAUACACAUGACUUGUAUGCUGAGCUGCUCUCAUGGCGUCGUGAUCGCGACCGCCAUGGUUUUCUCAAGCACUGCUCUGUUUCUCGCGAUUUCCCGCCAAUUCUCUGGAAAUCAGACAUCAGAUCACCAGGAUCAACAGAUCCUCCGUUCUUGUCUUUGUUCAGAGGAAAAGAAGAAACAGAGGAAGAAGAAGAAGAAGGUGAAAUUCGCAGAGAAUGUGAAAGAGCCGAAAGGGAACGGUGAAGAGUAUCGUAAGAGGGAACAUCUCCGGAGAAUUGUACCGGAACCGACAAUUAAACCGGAGAAGACCGGUUCGGUUUGUAGAAACGACAUGCCUGCAAACAGGAUUGCUCUGUACAAUGGGAUUCUUAGGGACAGAGAUCAUAGAAUUCAGUGUUCCUAUUGACUUUUAAUUUCUUCAUUUUCGAGAAAAAUUGCAGGAAAAAAAUCCUUUAGUUUCGGGAGAAAUAUCUCUGAAAGGGUAAAUUCUUGUACUGUAGAUAACUUUUUUCUAUAGCUUUUCUGGGUCUCUUUGUAUGUAAUUUUCUUCUAGAAAAUAGUGUAAAUGAUUGAUAUCUAAAA